AUGGCAAGCUUCAGAAUUGUGCUUCCUCUGCUCCUUUUGGGGCUGAUUAAGGUUAAAGCUACUAACAACCAAGGACUGACUUAUUUCGAUGCCCUGACAAUUGCUGUCACCUAUUUCAAUGAAGAAACUAAUGAGACAAAUUCCUUCUGGUUAACAGCAGCUGAGCCCCAGCCUCACUGGAAUAACACGUCCAGAGAGCCCCACUACCUGAGUUUCACUGCGAAAGAGACCGACUGCCGGACAACAGAAAACAUCACCCCUAUCACAUGUGCCUUCAAAAAGAAUGGGGCGAUCCGAGCCAAAAGAGGGGUCCCUACAUUACUGAAGAAUAUCCUCAAAGCAAUUGUAAAGGAGGCAGUUAAAACAGGUGUUUCUAAAGUUCUCAAAAAGAAGCAUUAA